CUUUUUAUUAUUGUUAUUUAUUUUCAUUAUUAUUGUAAAACUCGAUCAAUUUGUCACACUUCAAGCUGCGAUAACAAAGAAUUACAUUUUUAUUUAAUCAGUGUGCUUAACUACUCGAUUCAAAUAGUUGUUGUGGACUUAUCUCAAGCGAUAACAGCAAGAAUUCAUUAUAAAAGUUAAGUUCAGUCAGUCAUUGUUAAGCACAGAGUCCAGUCCAGUCAUGUCGUUUCAUUCGCAAGGCAGUCACACAGUCCAAAUAUCCAUGAAAAUGUUCAGGAACAACAGAAAUCGAGUUGUUCAGGCAUUGAAGGAAACAAAAAGAAUUAAAAAUGAGGAAUCGACUUUUGUCAUUCUUCAAGGCGGAACUGAGGAUGCUUUUGGGUUUUAUGACACGGACGUCAAUCAGACAACAUUCAGGCAAGAGUCGUACUUCCAAUAUUUAUUUGGUGUCAGUGAGCCAGACUUCUUUGGAGCCAUUAGAGUUUCCGAUGGACAUACAAUCCUGUUCGCGCCAAGACUAGACAAGGAAUAUGAAGUAUGGAUGGGUCCAAUAGCAUCGACUGAUCAAGUUAAGGCACGAUAUGAAGUUGAUGAUGCUUUUUAUGUCGAUGAGCUUGUCAAGGUCUUGUCAGAUAAGAAUUCGUCACUUUUGUUGACUUUGUCGAGCAUUAAUUCGGAUAGUGGCAAGCUUUACAAACCACCAACAUUUGCAGGCAUUGAGAAAUUCCCACAAGAUGCUGACAUCCUCUAUCCAGUCAUUGCUGAGUGUCGAGUCAUCAAGUCAGCUGAGGAAAUUGAGGUUUUGAGAUACGUUGCCAAAGUGUCCUCAGACGCCCACAAGAAGGUCAUGAAGAUGCCAUUCACAAAAGAGAAGCUUUACGAGUACCAAGCUGAGGCUGUGUUCCUUGCUCACACUUACUAUGUCGGUGGAUGUAGGCACUGUUCCUACACAUGCAUCUGUGGUGUUGGAAAUAACUCAGCAAUUUUACAUUACGGACAUGCUGCAGCACCAAAUAAUCGUGAGAUCAAGGACGGGGAGAUGUGCUUGUUUGAUAUGGGCGCGAAUUAUUUUGGAUAUUGUGCAGAUAUCACAUGCUCAUUUCCAGCUAAUGGGAAGUUUACAGAUGAUCAAAAGUUGAUCUACAAUGCAGUUCUAGCUGCAAACAUGGCUGUCCAAAAUGAAGCUAAGGAAGGUGUGAACUGGGUUGACAUGCAUCUGCUUGCUAAUCGAGUCAUGCUGGAAAAGAUGAAGGAAGGAAAUUUACUAAAAGGUGAUGUGGAUGAGAUGAUCAAUGCUGGACUUAACUACGUCUUCCAGCCACACGGACUUGGUCAUUUGAUUGGACUUGAUGUUCAUGAUGUUGGUGGAUACUUGCCACAUUGUCCACAGAAACCUGUUCAACCAGGUCCAAAUAGAUUAAGAUUUGCUAGAGAUUUGAGGGCGGGCAUGUAUGUGACAAUUGAGCCUGGAUGUUACUUUAUAGAACCGCUGUUGAAGAAGGCUUACAACAAUCCAUUGCAGGCUAGGUUCUUGGUUAAAGAGAAUUUGGACAGAUUUUGGAAUUUCGGUGGUGUUAGGAUUGAAGAUGACGUCCUGAUCACAAAAUACGGAGUUGAGAACUUUUCCGUUGUUCCACGUACUGUUGAGGAGAUUGAGGCUUGGAUGGCUAGGAAUGAUGAUGUUCCAUAUGUUCCUUACAAAGAUUAAUCAGCAUUUGAUAUUUAAUAUUAUUUUUUGCAUAUGUAGUUAAACUCAUUAAUGCACGGUAUAAUCUAUAUAAUUCCACUUACUAAUGUAAAAACGAAACUUGUUAAAAUUGAAAUUUAUUUUUGUAUUCGAACCCAUGGACUGAAAAUUUUGAUAUUUAUCAGAAAUAAAAGAAAGUUGUU